AUGCCUUGGCUAUCAAAAAUUUUGGAUCUGCCACCAGAAAAUUUAAUAAAGUCCAUCUCUGCAGUUCCUGUCUCCAAAAAAAGGCAUGUUGCUGAUUUCCAGCUUUCCAUUGAUUCUGUAAUACAAGACGGUUCUAGUUAUCACUCAGCACAAGAUCUUCAACUUCAAGCUCAGACGUUAGUAGAGAAGCUAAAAUGUGAUGCUGUAGUGAGUGAAAUCAGCACUGGUCCAGGAACAGUGAACUUUACGAUAAACAGGGAAUUGCUAGCAAAGACUGUGUUGCAGCAGGUGUUGAAAGAUGGCUCAGAAUAUGGAAUAAAAAGUGAACUCUUCUCUACAGUGCCUAGACAAAAGGCGGUGGUUGAGUUUAGCUCCCCUAACAUUGCCAAAAAGUUUCACGUAGGACACUUGCGUUCCACAAUAAUAGGAAAUUUCAUAGCAAAUCUCAAAGUUGCAUUGGGACAUCAAGUAACAAGAAUAAAUUACCUUGGUGACUGGGGCAUGCAGUUUGGCUUACUGGGUGUUGGUUUCCAACAGUUUGGCAACAACGAAAAACUAAAAUCCAAUCCUUUAGAACACCUUGUUGAGGUGUAUGUACAGAUUAAUAAAACAGCAGAAGAUGAAAACACAAAAAGGCUGGCUAAGGAUUUCUUUAGAAAACUGGAAGAACAUGAUGAGCAGACGUUGUCACUUUGGAAACAAUUUAGAAGCUUCAGUAUUGAAGAAUACAUCCAGAUUUAUAAGCGACUAGGAGUGCACUUUGAUGAGUAUUCUGGAGAAUCAUUUUAUCAAGAGAAGUCGCAGGAAGUUCUGAAGAUGUUGGAGGAAAAAGGACUCCUUCAGAAAACAACGAAAGGGACAGGAAUUGUGGAUGUCUCAGAAAAGAAAGACCUCUCAUCAUUUGCCACUGUCAUGCGUAGUGAUGGGUCAUCUCUGUAUAUAACAAGAGAUCUUGCUGCUGCUAUAGAUCGAAUGAAUAAACAUAACUGUGAUACUAUGAUUUAUGUGACAGAUAAAAGUCAAAAUAAUCACUUUCAACAUUUGUUCCAAAUACUGAAGCUAAUGGGUUAUGACUGGGCACAAAGGUGUCAGCAUGUGUCUUUUGGGUUAGUUCAAGGAAUGAAGACUCGGAGAGGAGAAGUUAUUUUCCUGGAAGAUGUUUUAGACGAAGCUCGCUCAAGGAUGUUACAAAACAUGGCCUCUGCAAAAACAACCAAAGAGAUAGAAAACCCUGUGGAGACAGCAGAGAAGGUUGGUCUUGCAGCGCUAAUAAUUCAGGACUUCCAGGGCCUUCUGUCAUCUGAUUAUCAGUUUAGCUGGGAUAGAGCUCUUCAAAGUCGGGGAGAUACGGGUGUGUUCUUGCAGUACACGCAUGCCAGACUGCACAGUUUAGAACAGAUGUAUGGGAAUGAGCAGCUGACUGAUAUUAACACAGCAUGCUUGCAAGAGCCAGAGGCCAUCUCAGUUCUUCAGCAUCUUCUCAGAUAUGAUGAGGUCCUGUAUAGAUCUUCUCAAGAUCUGCAACCCAAGCACAUUGUCAGCUAUCUCCUCACACUUAGCCAUCUUGCAGCUGUGGCGCAUAAAACCCUUCUUGUGAAAGGCAGCACCCCUGAACUCGCCCAGGCAAGGCUCUGCCUCUUCCGAGCUGCACGCUUGGUUCUAGCUAAUGGAAUGAAACUUCUUGGCAUUAUGCCUGUAACUCAAAUGUAAUAAAGUUGUAUGCAAUGUAAAGUCAAGUAUCUUAGUAAAAUGAUUUUUUUCCAAGAGCAUAUGAAUACACUCCUGUGAGUCAUUGUUAAUGCAGUCUGGAAGCUUUGUCUGCUGCAUCAUACUGAUUGGACGUGUGGCACAGCUAUUUGGUAGCAGACUACAGCUGUCACAUUCACUUUUUUUCCCAGACGUUCAGUAUUAGUGUACCUGGGCACUAGGGUACUUAGUACUUCCCGUAAGAGAGAGAUGUUCUGUAUUUACCUCUGCAAACGUAGCACAUCCUUUUGGUAAAGGAAGUGCCGUUACACUGCACUGCUCUCUGUAAUGAAAGUUCUCCCCUCUCUUUAAUUGCCAUUGUUUACUUAGAUGUAAUGGUACAACAAACAGCUGUCUUUCUUUAUGUUACAAAGUGAGUUAAGUCAGACCUGUGUCUAGUUACCCUUGCUGUGGGAUUUCAGAGGUUUUGUUCUACCCUCACUUCAGAAAUGUUAGCCAAGGCCAACUGCUAAAUCUGCAAGACCUGCUCCUCACCCAUUCCCCUGUUACACUGACAGUCACAAUGACUGAGGAAAAGCUGUUUUGCUGCUGAGCUGGUGGAACCACAGUACUCCCUUCCACACGGGACCCUGCUGGAGGGAGGGGGAGCAUCAUGUAUAAGAUAAUGCUGAUUGACAGCUAUUCCAGCCUCUGCAAUGCCUGACAAUACCCCAGCCCUCCCCAGCAAAGCCUUGACUCCCCAGUGUCACUUUGAUGGCACACUGUCUUUUGAGUGCAGAGAAUAGCUUGCAAAAUGCAGAGAGGUGCAGCCUUCUCCCACUGGAAUUACAUUUAAGCAUGCCUGUUACGGCUAUGUUUAACAUGCCCCACUUUAACUAAAAUCCAGAUGAUGAUUUAACUCAUUUCUGAAGGCAUUUAA